CGUCCGUCCCCCCUCUAAAGAGGAGUAGAGAAGGAUGCAAAUGUUUUAUUACCUUUGAGAGCUUCAUCGGAACUGUCAGGCCCGGAGGGAAAAAGGAGAGGAGAGAGGGAGAGCGGAGAGCGCGGCCGAGAGGGUCCUCUUGGCCAGAGGACAGGACUUUGGAAGCGGAGCCUGCACAGCCGCGAAGAACACGGGAGCGGGAGGCAAAGGAGACGAGUGAGAGGAACAGGAGAGGACGCUGAGGGGGUGGGGUGGGGCGGGGGUCGCCAGGCCCAUUUUGCAGAAGUGGGUCAGAGGAGCAGAGCCCUAACUGAAGCCAUCAAGACUUUUUUUCACACUUAAGUCUUUGUUUUCCUGUGUUUUUUCCUCCUCCCCCUUUUUCUUUUUCUUUCUUUCUUUUUUUUUUUUAUAUUUUAAUAUUGUAACUCUUAGUGCCCUGUCGCCCAGAGGGAAAGGCGAGUCGGGCGAGUCGUCGGCGCGCCGCGAACCCGGAGCCGCGGGGAUUCCGAUCGGAGACGCGGCCCUCUCCGGCUGGCGGAGGAGGCCCGCCCCGAGGCGACACCCGCCCCGAGGCGACACCCCCGCGGGCCGGGAGCGCUCCCUCCGCGCGCGCCGCGGGCGCCGAGUGCGAAUCCGCCCGGCGACUGAGCGCGCAGGGCUCCCUCGUCAGCUCCGAGGCGCUGCUCCUCGGGCGGAACCCGGCGUCCUUUGAAGCUCUCCAAAAGAAAGCCAGCCAGCCAGCCCCUGUCCUCCGACAUCAAAGCGGAGAUUUGGUGACUCUUAACUUUGUUGCGAACUCUCCGGGGCCGGCAAGGGUUUGUUUUGCUUAUUUCUCGGGCUUGGGGAGAAGAGGAGACAUAGCAGCGCGCUCGGAGCUGCGAGGCGAAGGGAGGAAGAGGAGAGACAGAAACUGACUCCGGGCGUCCGGGGGCGAAGGGACAGGCAAACCGGCCCGGACGCCCGCGGGUCCGGGUCCGGGAGGGCCACCGCCUCUCCAUUGGCCUGUGUGCUUGCACAUUUCGGUGGCUCAGCUCCGACAGCAGCUCCGGGCAGCGGCGAUCUCCGCCCGGGUGGUUGGCCGGCCGCCGCCCCGGGUUCGCUCUGCUCCUCCUCGCUCGCUCCCCCCGCCGCGCUCCCCGCUCCCCAGAGCCCCGCCGGGGGCACCGGCCGGCGCCCUCGCUGAGUGGCCGAGGGCUCGGGCCUGGCCGUGGGAUGUUAGCGGUGGGGGCGAUGGAGGGCACCCGGCAGAGCGCGUUCCUGCUCAGCAGCCCGCCCCUGGCCGCCCUGCACAGCAUGGCCGAGAUGAAGACCCCGCUGUACCCCGCCGCGUACCCCCCGCUGCCCGCCGGGCCCCCCUCCUCCUCGUCCUCCUCCUCGUCCUCCUCCUCCUCGUCGCCGUCGCCGCCUUUGGGCUCCCACAACCCGGGCGGCCUGAAGCCCCCCGGCGCCGCGGGGGGGCUCUCGUCGCUGGGCAGCCCCCCGCAGCAGCUCUCCGCCGCCACCCCGCACGGCAUCAACGACAUCCUGAGCCGGCCCUCCAUGCCCGUGGCCUCGGGUGCCGCCUUGCCCUCGGCUUCGCCCUCCGGUUCCUCCUCCUCCUCCUCGUCCUCGUCCACCUCCGCUUCUUCCGCUUCGGCUGCUGCAGCAGCAGCCGCCGCCGCGGCCGCCGCGGCCGCCGCCUCCUCGCCGGCGGGGCUGCUGGCCGGCCUGCCCCGCUUCGGCAGCCUGAGCCCGCCGCCGCCGCCGCCGCCCGGGCUCUACUUCAGCCCCAGCGCCGCGGCCGUGGCCGCCGUGGGCCGCUACCCCAAGCCGCUGGCCGAGCUGCCCGGCCGGACGCCCAUCUUCUGGCCGGGAGUGAUGCAGAGCCCGCCCUGGAGGGACGCGCGCCUGGCCUGCAGCCCCCAUCAAGGAUCCAUUUUGCUGGACAAAGACGGGAAGAGGAAACACACGAGACCCACAUUCUCGGGGCAGCAGAUCUUCGCCCUGGAGAAGACUUUCGAACAAACGAAAUACUUGGCGGGGCCCGAGAGGGCCCGCUUGGCUUAUUCUCUGGGGAUGACGGAGAGUCAGGUCAAGGUCUGGUUCCAGAACCGCCGGACCAAGUGGCGGAAGAAGCACGCGGCGGAGAUGGCCACGGCCAAGAAGAAGCAGGACUCGGAGACCGAGCGGCUCAAGGGGGCGUCGGAGAACGAGGAGGAGGACGACGACUACAACAAGCCCCUGGAUCCCAACUCGGACGACGAGAAGAUCACGCAGCUGCUGAAGAAGCACAAGUCCGGCGGCGGCGGCGGCCUCCUGCUGCACGCGUCCGAGGCCGACGGCUCGUCCUGAGCGCGCAGCCCGCCCGCCGCGCCUUCGCCCGGCCGUCCCGACCCUCCCGGCCCGCGGGGGCCCUUUGCUAUUUUCUGAGAUGUCCAUAUCUAUUUUUUUAACCUAAAAGUUGAGGGAGAUGGGGGAGAGAGACUCCGGGGUUGGCAAGAAGGCAGGAAAACGACAGGAUGCACUGCCUAAAGAGCGCAACUGAAACUCUCCGCCGGGCCAGCCUCCGCGCCAGCUCGGCGCCCCCGCCCUGUACCCGGAGGAGCGGGCGGCCCCGACCCCCAGCGCACUCAGGCUUCCCGGCCUCUGCACCGCAGGGAAGGGGGUAGGGGCUCAGGGGCCAGUUUUCGUAGGAUCGAUGGCUACUGCGCCGGGAACCGCGGAGCUAAGCGGGGCGGGCCGACGCCAAGGAUGGGAAGAGGGACUCGCGUCUCUUCCCCCCACUCCCUUCCCCCCCACACACACUGCUGUGCGGACUAAAGUCACCUGUUGAAGGCCCCUUUGUAAAUAAAUCGUGAGUCACACUGACUAGAAGUUACUUUAUUGUGAAUAUUUAAAAUGUAAAAUGUUUUUUGUUUUUUUGAAUUUGGUAUAAGAGACGGACCUCCUUCUCCCUUCCACCCUCCCCCCUUUUUUCAUUCCACCCUCCCCCUUUUAAGAGCUAUGAAAACCACCCGUUCCCCUUUUAUGUUGAACUUAAUUGGAGAUCCGGUAGAAAAGGACGUUCUCAGCCUCCCCGUCCUCCAGCUAUUCAGCGAAGGUUUGGGUUUGUAGGAUCUCACUUUCCCCCUCGUCCCCACUCACUCCUCCCACCCCCCUCCCUCGCGCGGCGCUGGCUCCAGCCUCCUGCCUCCAGGACUUGAAGUAGAAGCGGAACCUGCCUCUCCGUUCCUCUCUGAAAUUGCACAGUCGUUUGUUGCUAUUUAUUAGUGAUUUAAAGAAAGUAUUCGGGAGGGAGGGGCUGCCUAGCCUGUAUUUAAUUUAACUCAUUUCUGAUUUUAAAAAUGCGUGUUAAAAUAGAUGGUGGGAAUUGUUACAACUGCUCUGGGUCAGAAACAUAAAAAUCCAUUUAGUUGCUGUAAUUGAAUUUGAAGUGUUUUGUAUGAUAAGAAUACUACAGACUAUGUAAAUUGUUUUCCUUUUUUUAAGCUAAUAAUGGUGAUAUAUUAGCAUCUUUAACAUUUAUUAAUUUAUAUAAGGAAUUCGGUUUGUAAAGAGAAAAGACACCCCCCCCCCAUUUGCAAGACCAGUUAAAUGUAAUGCACUUUCUGUUUCAAAGGAUAAAUCAAAUUAAAAA